CCCCCCCACCCCAAAACAUGCAGAAGGGAAUCCGGUUGAAUGAUGGCCAUGUCACCUACCUGGGGCUUUUGGCGAAGAAGGACGGCACUAGGAGGGGGUGCUUGAGCAAGAAGAGCUCGGACAACACCAAAUGGCACACAAAGUGGUUUGCGCUCUUGCAAAACAUGCUCUUUUAUUUCGAGAACGAAUCCAGCUCUCGGCCCUCUGGAUUGUACCUGUUGGAGGGAUGCAUAUGCGACAGGGCUCCUUCGCCCAAACCCUCGCUGUCGGCCAAGGAGUGUUUGGAGAAGCAGUAUUAUUUCACUGUCAGCUUCACCCAAGAAAACCAAAAGGCGCUGGAGUUACGCACAGAAGACGUGAAGGACUGCGAUGAAUGGGUGGCUGCCAUAUCACACGCCAGUUACAGAAACUUGGCCACCGAGCACGAGACUCUCAUGCAGAAGUAUCUUCAUCUGCUUCAAAUUGUGGAGACGGAGAAAACGGUUGCUAAGCAACUUCGACAACAGAUAGAAGACGGGGAGAUCGAAAUCGAGAGGCUCAAGUCUGAGAUCUCUGGGCUGCUCAAAGAUAACGAGAAGAUCCACGCCAGUCCUGCAGCGGCCCCGACUGAUGACGACUCUGAAAUCAAGAAGAUCAAAAAGGUCCAGAGCUUCCUGCGAGGCUGGAUCUGCAGGAGGAAGUGGAAGACCAUCAUCCAGGAUUACAUCCGCUCACCGCACGCCGAGAGCAUGAGGAAGAGGAACCAGGUGGUGUUCAGUAUGUUGGAUUCGGAGGCCGAAUACGUGCAGCAGCUGCACAUCCUGGUCAACAACUUUCUGAGGCCGCUCCGCAUGGCUGCCAGCUCCAAGAAGCCGCCCAUCACCCAUGACGACGUCAGCAGUAUAUUCCUGAACAGUGAAACUAUCAUGUUUCUGCAUCAGAUCUUCUACCAGGGUUUAAAAGCCAGAAUAGCCAGCUGGCCAACAUUGGUACUGGCCGAUCUGUUCGACAUCCUGCUCCCCAUGCUGAACAUCUACCAGGAGUUUGUGAGGAACCAUCAGUACAGCCUGCAGAUCCUGGCCCACUGCAAGCAGAACCGAGACUUCGACAAGCUGCUGAAGCAGUACGAGGCCAAGCCGGACUGUGAAGAGAGAACUCUGGAGACCUUCCUCACCUACCCCAUGUUUCAGAUACCCCGCUACAUCCUAACGCUUCAUGAGCUUCUGGCCCACACGCCCCAUGAACACAUAGAGAGGAACAGUCUGGACUACGCCAAAUCUAAGCUGGAGGAGCUUUCAAGAAUCAUGCAUGACGAAGUGAGCGAGACGGAGAACAUCAGGAAGAACCUGGCCAUAGAGCGCAUGAUUGUGGAGGGCUGUGAGAUCCUCCUGGACACCAGCCAGACCUUCGUGAGACAAGGCUCUCUCAUCCAGGUACCGAUGAGCGAGAAGGGCAAGAUCACCCGUGGGCGCCUGGGCUCUCUGUCUUUGAAGAAGGAGGGGGAGAGGCAGUGCUUCCUCUUCUCCAAGCAUUUAAUCAUCUGCACCAGAGGUUCUGGGGGAAAGCUUCAUCUCACCAAGAAUGGCGUGGUCUCCCUUAUAGACUGCACUCUUAUGGAGGACCCUGAGGGCACUGAUGACGAGUCCAAAUCCGACAAAGGCGUCCAGGACAUGGAGCACCUGGACUUCAAGAUUGUGGUGGAGCCAAAAGACAGUCAGUCGUUCACAGUCAUCCUGGUGGCGUCCUCCAGGCAGGAGAAGUCUGCGUGGACCAGUGACAUCAGUCAGUGCAUCGACAACAUCCGCUGCAAUGGCCUCAUGAUGAACGCCUUCGAGGACAACUCUAAAGUCACCGUCCCGCAGAUGAUCAAGUCCGACUCCAGUCUGUACUGCGACGACGUGGACAUCCGCUUCAGUAAGAUGAUGAACUCCUGCAAGGUGCUGCAGAUCCGCUAUGCCAGCGUGGAACGUCUGCUAGAGAGGCUGACUGACCUGCGCUUCCUCUCUAUCGACUUCCUCAACACUUUCCUGCACUCUUACCGCGUAUUCACCACCGCUGACGUGGUGCUGGACAAACUCAUCACCAUUUACAAGAAGCCUAUCAGUGCCAUCCCUGCAAGGUCCCUGGAGUUGUUCUUUGCAAGCAGCCAGAAUAACAAACUCCUGUACGGAGAGCCACCCAGUUCCCCGAGGGCCAGCCGGAAGUUCUCCUCCCCUCCCCCUUUGGCCAUCGCCAAGAACUCGUCUCCGAACCGGCGACGCAAGCUGUCCCUCAACAUCCCCAUCAUCACCGGGGGCAAAGCUCUCGACCUGGCUGCCCUGAGCUGCUCCUCCAACGGCUAUGCAAGCAUGUACUCGACCGUGUCCCCCUUCAGCAAGACCACCUUGGACAUCAACAAACUCUACGUGUCCAGCCCCAUCGCCAGCAAAAUACCGGACGAGGGCGAGGACAAGAAGGACAAGGUGGAGGACACCUCAGUGUGCAAACAAGGUAAAACCAAACACACACAAUCGCCAUCAAACCUACUGACUUUAUUAUCGUCCGAUGGAGCAGAUCUGUCCGUGCGGGAAGAAAGUGACAACGACCAAAACCAGAGCGAUGACGCCGACCCGGAUGCCUCGCCCACAAAGUCACCAACCACCCCGAAAAACAUCAAAUGCAAAAACUCCUCAGAGUUCUCUCUGUUCUCCUACAACAACGGCAUGGUGAUGUCCUCAUGUCGAGAGCUUGACAACAACCGCAGUGCGCUUUCCGCUGCCUCCGCUUUUGCCAUUGCUACAGCUGGAGCCAACGAGGGCACUCCCACCAAGGAGAAAUAUCGGCGGAUGUCUCUCGCCAGCUCAGGUUUUCCAACAGAUCAGAGAAACGGAGACAAAGAGUUUGUGAUCAGACGAGCGGCGACCAACAGAGUCUUGAAUGUUCUCAGACACUGGGUGUCCAAACACUCACCGGACUUUGAGAGCAAUAAUGAGUUGAAAACAAAGGUCAUCGCCUUCCUGGAGGAAGUGAUGCACGACCCUGAGCUACUAACCCAAGAGAGGAAAGCAGCCGCCAAUAUCAUCAGAACCCUCACUCAGGAUGAUCACUGUGACAAUCAGAUCGCCCUCGAAGACGUGACGCAACUUGUUAGUGAAGUGGGCCCAGGCAAAGCGGAGCCCUUUGAGAACCACUCGGCCUUGGAGGUUGCAGAGCAGCUCACCCUGCUGGACCAUCUGGUGUUCAAGGUCAUCCCAUACGAGGAAUUCUUCGGUCAAGGCUGGAUGAAGAACGACAAGAACGAGAAGACGCCGUACAUCAUGAGAACGACAAAGCACUUCAACGAUAUAAGCAACCUGAUCGCCACAGAGAUCUUGCGCUCGGACGACGUGGUCACUCGGGUGGCUGUGAUUGAGAAAUGGGUGGCGGUGGCGGACAUCUGCCGCUGUCUCCACAACUACAACGCCGUGCUUGAGAUCACCUCCUCCCUAAACAGAAGUUCUGUCUUCCGCCUCAAAAAGACCUGGCUCAAGGUGUCCAAGCAGACAAAAGCAUUGAUUGAUAAGCUUCAGAAGCUGGUUUCUUCAGAGGGAAGGUUCAAAAACCUGAGAGAGGCUCUGAAGAAUUGUGAUCCCCCAUGUGUGCCCUAUUUGGGCAUGUAUCUCACAGACUUGGCUUUCAUCGAGGAGGGAACGCCAAACUACACCGAAGACAAUUUGGUCAACUUUUCAAAAAUGAGAAUGAUUUCUCACAUCAUCAGAGAAAUACGUCAGUUUCAGCAAACAGCGUACAAGCUGGACCUUCACCCAAAGGUAGCCCAGUACCUGCUGGAUAGGAGCUGUGUCCUGGAUGAAGAGAGCAUGUACGAAGCCUCGCUCCGAAUUGAGCCCAAAGUGCCCAACUGAAGGGGGGAAGACGGGGUUUACUCCCUCCAUGUUAUCUUCUCUGUUGAUAUUCCACAUUAUAUCAGUUCACAUGCACACACCCACUUUUACAUACAGUAGUUGUACAUGCUUAUGAUAUUUGCUCUUCUGUACAGUAGAUGUUUACAAGGUGGUUUGAUAACACAGAACAUGUCUUUUGUUGUAUAGUUUUCCUUUACAGCAUAAUAACCGAGGUCACUGAGGUUUGUCACGUUCAUGUCCGUGUGACCAAUGACAUUAUUCUGCUUUGUGUUUCAUCAACAAUUGUCUGCAGCUAAUGUAGCAUUGUAAAAACGGCAUCAAAUCAGGUAAAAAAAAUAAAAUAAAAAAAAAGACGAAGAAGAAGAAAACAGAGCACAGCAAACACAGAGGUUGUGUGCAAAGAAAGACGUGGCGUGGUAACCGAACCAUCUCUAUGCUUCCUAAACCAAAACAAAAAGGGGUUCGUCACUUCAUAUCUGCUCUGCAACAGAUGUUCCCAAAUUUUUUGCACCAUAGACUAUUUUUAUACUGACAGCAUCUAGGAGAAAAAAAACUCACUAUAUAUAAAGAAACACAAGCUAUUGUGCCUCAUUUGGUCACAUCAAAUAAAAUUGUAAUUUUGAUUAACGGUGAAAGGUGGUGAUGACAGACUGUUACCUUAGCUGACUAAUACUUGUAACAAUGUUGAGUUGAUCAUUUAUAAUACUAUACUCAACUAUAUAUCACAGUUGGCUCUGUGGCAGGAACUGCAGAUUAUUAAUAGCAAAUUGUUGGAAACCGAUGUACAUCGAUAUAUAUUUUUUUGUGUGUAUUUUUGUUCAAGUCGUUUCUUGGUCUCCUGUCUGACUGUAGAAAAUAUUGCUCGACAAGACGGGUUUGAGUAUGGAGGUUCAUUUGUGUCUUUAUUACCAAAGCUUUUUUUGGACACUGAAUUUACGUAUCUGAAUUUCUGCGUUUGAAUUUUGUGAACUAAAUUGUUGUACAUUAAAUGAUGCUGACAAUAUAAUCGGAUAGAAAUUUAAUGUAAAAAAAAUUGUAAAAAAAAAAAUGCUGUGAAUAUAAUUCAGUGUAUAACAAUUCAGUGGGAAAAAAAUCAGUGUACAAAAAUUCUGUGAAAAAAAUAAGUGUAAAAAAUUUUGUGUAAAAAAAAUUCAGUUUAUAAAAAAAUCAGUGAAAAAAAAAAUUGGGUAAAAAAAAAUUAAGUGCAGAAAAACUCAGUGCAGAAAUGUUUGUUGCUUUAAAACUCAAGAACCACUUCGGGUAAUUUAAGACUAAAUAACCUCAUUGGCUGGUUCUGAGACAAAGAAGCAGAUAAUAUUCCUGCACUGAUUUUUUUAUACACUGUGGUGAUCAUAAUAGGUAUAUAUAUAUAUAUAUAUAUAUAUAUAUAUAUAUA